AUGAAUGGUUUCACCCCAAAUAUGAACAUGGGAAUGGGGAUGCCCAUGAAUGCGAACAUGAAUAUGAACUCAAAUAGAAAUAUGAUGUCGAACUCCGGUGCUGGUGGUGCUCAACAUAACUCACCUUCUAGAAUUGUAUAUUUGGGAUCCAUCCCUUAUGAUCAAACCGAAGAACAGAUAUUAGAUCUAUGUAACAAUGUAGGGCCUGUAAUAAAUUUAAAAAUGAUGUUUGAUCCACAGACAGGUAAAUCAAAAGGUUACGCUUUUAUUGAAUUCAAAGACUUGGAGACAAGUGCCUCAGCGAUAAGGAACCUAAAUGGAUAUCAAUUGGGUUCCAGAUUUUUGAAAUGUGGAUAUUCGAGUAAUAAUGACAUUUCAGCAUCUUCUAGUGGGAAUGUCCACGAGGGAAAUAUUCUUGAUAACGAUGGAAGUUAUGAAAAUAAUAGUAAAAUGGGGACAUUUUCUGAUUUGCCCUCUGGUGUUGAUGUAAAUAUUAAUAUGACUACUCCAGCAAUGAUGAUAACGAGUGAAUUGUCCAAGAAGUCCAAGAGUGAGAAGUUAAAGAUACUGAAAACUUUCCAAGAAUGGUCAUCUCAAAAUAAUGAUUUAGCUGUACAAUUAUUUGAUGAAUAUCCUCAAUUAUCGUUUGCUGUGGCUGAAUUACUGUUGACAAAUGGUAUAUGCAAACUUGAUGAUUUAACACAGUUAGUUGUUUCUGAAGAAAAUGAUGAUAAGGAAAGAGAUGUUCAUAAUACAGAUAGCAUAACGAAUAAGCAAAAUGAUCUAUUAUCAGAUGACCCUGAGCUACAAAAGACACAAAGAGAACUGUUAAGAAAAGUUCUCCAAUUAUCGGAUAGUGAGAUUUCCAUUCUCCCAGAUGAUGAGAAAAUGUCACUAUGGGAUUUGAAACAGAGGGCGCUAAAAGGAGAAUUCGGUAAUAUUUGA